AUGCGCCUUCGGGUCCAGGCACACCGAGGCCCCCCGAAUUCCGAACGCGAGCCCCCACCUUCACCCCACAAUGGGCAACCUCCACGGCGUCUGCAUCCAGGGCCAACAGCGAACGCCGCUAGAGUUGUGUCCGUGCCCCUACGACUCCCUUCCCCGGCUACAAAAACACGAAAUAUCGGGCCACCGAGGCCCCGGGUCGAAGCUAAGAUCCCCUCCAAGCCCCCGGCCACCGGAGUUCCCCGGUCGGACCCAGCGCCUAAGGCCGGGCCGCCGGGCCCGCCUCGCUGUCCCAGGCCGCUGAGCGCCAGGGCCCCGGGCCGCGUCCCACUGGGCCCCCAUUGUUGCGGGUCCCAUCGGCCCGAGCAGGGAGCGGGGCCGGCACCGCACUCACCUCCCGCGCCGCGGCUCCGGGCCGGGCCCGGCCGGGCCGAGGGCCUCACGUUCCGCUCCGCCCGCCUCGGCGGUGUCGGCGGCGGCGGCGGCGGGGGCGGGAAGCAGCGGCCAGGCCCGGGCGCCGCCGAUGGGCUCCCACCGAGCUCCGGGCUUCUCUGGCGGCGGCGCUCGCAGCCCCCGCUGGCGGUCCGCGCUGGAAAGCGUCCCCCUCCCGGCCCGCGCGCCCGGCCGCCCGGGCGGGAACACACGCCGCCGACAGGAACGUUCCGCUGCGAGCAGGCGGCGGCGGUUCUCCCCCGCGCCAGGUGGACCGCGACUCCUCCCCCGCUCGCGCCGUCGGCGCCGCGGCUGAGCGUCUCCGGGGUGACGGAAUCCACCUGGGACUGCUUCCAGGGCCGGGUCCGACGGGAAGGGUCUGCACCGCGCCAGCCACCGCCGAGGCGCGCUGGCCACCCAGGGCUGCAGCUGAGCGUCGGCUCCCCCUCAUUCCUCACUUGGGGGUAA